UAGUAGUUCUGCUCAGUUGAUGCUGAACUCCGCUCGUCUGCAGCUCCUUUUAUACCCAUACCGCGCGGCUCCGCGCGCGCCCGCCUCCGCGCACGGACGGAAGUCGACGUAAAAAACCCCAAGCUAAAUUCCUGGUAUCAGAGUGGCUCGUAUGAAAUAGACCAUGAUACAAUUUUGGCAUACACACACACACACAUAGUCAAAACGAAGAGUAUCUACAUCAAGUUAACAGUCUGGCAAUCCCGAGGCCAACUGCAGCGACUCCAAUGACGGAGAGCCAAACUCUGUUUUUGCCACCAGGUGGAAGCCUGGAGCGUUCGUAGAGUGCAUAGGCUGCACCGGCAAAACAGCCCCCUGCCCCCACUAGCUUGCACGAAGUGCAGUCAGGUAUGUUGGGAUUCUCCAUGUGUAUGUACCAAAACUGCAGUCAGUGUUGGCCCUUAGCUUAGCGCGUAACGUUCCAAUUAGCGCGCCAACAGAAAAUGGGCGAAGAAGAACGAGAACCUCUACUAUCCCCACGUGCAGCAAAUGUCCUCACUUCCCCGGCCUCUGAGAUGGACGAUGGAGCGACAGCAGACAAGAAGACCAGUAGUCAAUGCCUGAGACGCAGAGAGAAACAACACGGGUAUGGCGUUGGUGGAGCGCGCGUAUGAGGUUAAAGUUCACCACGUGGAGAACGACUACAAAUUGUAAAGGAGAGACGUGGACACCCCUUGCCUGCUUGUAUAUACCACAUCAUCCUGACCUUCACAUAGCCUCUAGGGUUAUGACCUCUAUAAAAAAACAAAACAACAAGAAGUAAUUCUUCACAAGUUGCCAAGGCUGACUCACAAAGUGCUCGGUUCAAUGUACUGUUUGUGAAGAGAUUUCUUCGCCUGGUGCGUGCAGUGUUCCCUCGUGUCUGCUGCAAAUCACUGCUCCUCCUGGCCAUCCUCAUGCUGACUCAGAGCGCUGUGGAGUACAACAUAUACCUCGCGGGACUCAUCCCCAGUCAGUUUAUCUAUGUCCUGGACACUCGGGACAUGUCUGGGUUCAAGAGGGCUCUGUGGAUGUCAACUGUCACUGUCAUCUCUGUCAGCAUUUGUAAGAGUGCGGGACUACUGGUGUCGGGGCUGCUGUAUGUGCGAGGACGAGGGUUGAUCGUCCGUCGUCUCCAUCAGCUCUAUUUCAGAGGAAUCAACUACUACCACAUCAACGUCACCGACCACUCCAUUGACAACCCAGAUCAGCGAAUGACACAAGACGUGGACAAAUUCUGUGACCAGAUGACUCAAGUUCUCCCCAACGUUAUCCUCUCCCCUGCAAUUAUUGCCUACUACACCUACAAGACCUUUCAAAGUAUGGGCUACCUGGGUCCACUCUGUAUAUACGCCUACUUUGUAGCGUCGUCUGUCGUCAACAAACUCCUCGUGAGCUCCAUUGCACCCAUGGUGGUGAGGCAGGAGAAGCUGGAAGGAGAUUUCAGGUAUCACCACACACAAGUAAGGAGCAAUGCAGAAAGUAUUGCGUUCUACCGUGGAGGGAAAAUUGAGGCAGAGAAAUCAAACGGCUUAUUGAAAGCUCUGUUGCAGACUCAGUUGAGUGUUGUGCACUGGCAGUUUCCACUAAAUUUCUCUACAGGGAUAUUUGACUACACAGCAGCCAUCAUCAGCUACUGUCUGGUGGGCAUAUCAAUCUUCACUGAAGACUAUGACAAUCUGAGUGUAUCCGAGCUGAGUGCUGCCAUUAGCAAGAAUGCGUUCUUCUCCAUGUACCUCCUCAACAACUUCUCCACCGUGGUAGACACUGCUGUCAAAUUCAGUGAAAUUGUUGGAUACACCCACAGAAUCGGUGAGCUCAUGGAAUAUCUCGACAAAGUCCGUCUUGCUGGCGAUGGGAAGAGCUGUCGUCUGGACACAAGAUCCUCCAACGAUGCAAUCAACCCCGAUCCGUCCAUCAACUCUCAGGAGUCAGUUCCAGCAAGCAGCGACCUAGGGAGGAAUCAAGUGCUAUCUCCAAACACAGUCGCUCCAGACAAUGAUGUGGGACUGGAGCUGAAGAAUCUCUCCAUUGCUCCACCUCAUCAAUCAACUCCACUAAUUGAGGGGCUGAACAUGAAGCUAUUCAGAGGGAAAAACAUUCUUGUUCUUGGAGAUUCAGGUUGUGGGAAGAGUUCGAUACUCAGAGUACUGAGAGGGCUGUGGAUGCCACUGAGAGGGUGUGCCAGCAUCACCUGUGAGGACAGCCCGCGCUCCAUACUGUUCCUCCCACAGAAGUGCCCUACCUCACCACCGGCUCUCUCCGUGAUCAGGUCACGUUUCCAGAGAAGCCUAAACGGUUGAGUGACAGUAGCUGGACUUCAUACCAGAGUAAUGCCUGUGCAUGCGACAGCAGGAUCUUUGAAGCAUUGUCACUUUCUGGACUCGUUUAUCUGAUUGAGAGGCUUGGAGGAAUAGAUGGCAGCACAAUCACUAACUGGUAUGACGCAGUGUCUCCUGGUGAGAUGCAGAAGAUAGGGUUUGCACGGCUCUUCUAUCACCAGCCACAAUAUGCCGGUAUUCGGUAGAGUAAUUACUGUGUAUAUACCUGCUACUUCUUCCACUCCUCCUCCUCCUCCUCCUGUCUCUUGUAUCUCUUGUUGCUCCUGUGUCUGCAGUGUUGGAUGAAGCCACAUCUUCUCUUAGCGAAGAGGAUGAAAUGUCACUCUAUUCAACUUCGAAACAGCUCAACAUCACCAUCCUGAGUAUUGGACACCGCUCCACAUUGCAAAGAUGUCAUGUACAGAAACUUCAUAUAUACUCAAGACACAACUGGACUUUACAAGAGAUUCAUAAACACUAAUAAGAAGACAUGUUAUUAAUUUUUUGGGUCUUAUUAUUGGGCCUGCUUGGGCAUUGACACACAAUAUAGCGGUG